AUUAUAGUCUCCUUAGGAAAAGAGCUGCUACCUCAGCGUGCCGUGGGUGUUGUAGCUAGCAAAGAGAUGAACGGAAAGCGGCCUGCUGAGCCCGGUUCUGACCGGGCGGGGAAGAAAGUAAAGAAGGAGGUGAUGGCUAAGUUCUCGGAUGCUGUCACAGAGGAAACUUUGAAAAAGCAAGUGGCUGAGGCCUGGAGUCGCAGGACGCCAUUCCGCCACGAAGCCAUUGUCAUGGACAUGGACCCCUUUCUUCACUGCGUGAUCCCAAACUUCAUCCAAAGCCAAAACUUCUUGGAAGGACUUCAGAAGGAACUUUUGAACUUGGACUUCCAUGAAAAGUAUAAUGAUUUAUAUAAAUUCCAGCAGUCUGAUGAUCUGAAGAAGAGAAGAGAGCCCCACAUCUGUGCUUUAAGGAAAAUUCUGUUUGAACAUUUCCGGUCUUGGAUUUCAGACAUUUCCAAGAUUGACCUGGAGUCAACCAUUGACAUGUCCUGUGCUAAAUACGAAUUCUCAGAUGCCCUGCUCUGUCACGAUGAUGAGCUGGAAGGGCGCCGGAUCGCCUUCAUUCUUUACCUGGUUCCUCCCUGGGAUGCGAGCUUGGGGGGCACCCUGGACCUGUUCAGCGUUGACGAACACUUUCAGCCGAAGCAGAUUGUCAAGUCCCUUAUCCCUUCGUGGAACACCCUGGUUUUCUUUGAAGUGUCUCCAGUAUCCUUUCACCAGGUGUCUGAGGUCUUGUCUGAAGAAAAGUCACGUUUGUCCAUCAGCGGCUGGUUUCAUGGUCCUUCUCUGACCAGGCCUCCCACCUACUUUGAGCCUCUCAUAGCUCGGAGCCCUCACAUCCCACAAGAUCAUGAAAUUUUGUAUGAUUGGAUCAACCCUACUUAUCUUGACAUGGAAUACCAAGCUCAAAUUCAAGAAGAAUUUGAGGAAAGCUCUGAAAUUCUCCUAAAAGAAUUCCUUCAGCCUGAGAAAUUUGCAGAGGUGUGUGAGGCUUUGGAGAGAGGACGUGUGGAAUGGAGCAGCCGAGGUCCCCCUAACAAAAGGUUUUACGAGAAGGCUGAGGAAAGCCAGCUUCCUGACAUCCUGAGGGACUGCAUGGCACUGUUCCGCUCCGAGGCGAUGUUCCUGCUGCUCUCCAACUUCACAGGCCUGAAGCUUCACUUUCUGGCACCUUCAGAAGAUGAGCCUGAGGACAAAAAGGAGCGAGAUGGAGCCUCUGCUGCUGAGAACACUGAAGAAGGGACUAGUCACAGCUCUUCUGAGCCAGAGAACAGUCGGGGGGCCACCAGCGACAGCAGUCUACAGAGCAAUGGACCGACAGACCCAGAGGAAGAUGAAGCAAAGAAAGAAUCAAGUGUUCCCACAUGCCAGGGGGAACUGAGGCAUUGGAAGACUGGUCACUACACUUUAAUCCAUGACAACAGCAAGACUGAAUUUGCCCUGGACUUACUGCUCUAUUGUGGCUGUGAAGGCUGGAAGCCGGAGUAUGGUGGCUUUACCUCCUACAUUGCCAAAGGAGAAGACGAAGAGCUGCUAACAGUGAAUCCAGAAAACAACUCUUUGGCACUGGUCUACAGAGAUAGGGAAACUCUGAAAUUUGUCAAGCACAUUAACCACCGAAGCCUAGAACAAAAGAAAAGUUUUCCAAACGGAACAGGCUUCUGGGACUUUUCAUUUGUCUAUUAUGAAUGACAAAACAGGGCAAAGCUGGAAAAAGACCUUUCCUGAGUACUGGCACAGCUGGAAGAGUUAAGACGUCGCGUGAAGGAGAGCCACGCGGUGACCUGUGUGACAGCGGUCUUAAAAACUGUGUGUGACUGUCCUUUAGUAGGGCUCAUAAUGAUUGUCAUCAGUUUAGACCUUGAGCUUGGAGCUAGGUACUUACCUCUUGAUGUUUUCUUUUUAAAGGGUUUUGUCUUUAACAUUCAGUUCUUCAUUUUCCAUAUUGGCUUCUUCAAUGAUUAAAACAUGUGUGACGUAAAAUAGACAUGACAUAAAAGUACCAUUUUAACCAUU